AUGAAGCGCGGGCAACACCUUGAACGGGCGGUGGAGAUACCACGGGGCGAGCUCUCCCUCUGCUGUGCAGAAGGAGCGGGACGGGGAGCUGACGGCGAGCAAGGGGUAAACUGGAUUGGUCUCCCUCUCGUGGAGCAUGGAGCACGGGCAACACCUGGAGCGGACGGAGGAGGUAACACGGGGCGAGAUCUCCCUCUUCUUUAA